AUGAGGCCGAUACCUCCGCGCUUCUGCAGAGCCGGGCCUCACGCUUCGGAGCUACGCUGGCGCGGACGACGUGCCCAGGGAGCAACACCUCAUGUGCCGGCAACCAGUGCUGCCCCCGCACGCAACACCUCAUGUGCCGGCAACCAGUGCUGCCCCCGCACGCCCGGGCAGCACGGGGGGGACAAGACUUUCCCUUGCCCGAGCGCGGAUGCCGGCUGGGACGGCUGCGAGACCGGCGUCGCAGCUCUCGUGCAAGCUGAUACGGUGACGUGCCCAGGGAGCAACACCUCAUGUGCUGGCAACCAGUGCUGCCCCCGCACGCCCGGGCAGCACGGGGGGGACAAGACUUUCCCUUGCCCGAGCGCGGAUGCCGGCUGGGACGGCUGCGAGACCGGCGUCGCAGCUCUCGUGCAAGCUGAUACGGUGACGUGCCCAGGGAGCAACACCUCAUGUGCCGGCAACCAGUGCUGCCCCCGCACGCCCGGGCAGCACGGGGGGGACAAGACUUUCCCUUGCCCGAGCGCGGAUGCCGGCUGGGACGGCUGCGAGACCGGCGUCGCAGCUCUCGUGCAAGCUGAUGCGGUGACGUGCCCAGGGAGCAACACCUCAUGUGCCGGCAACCAGUGCUGCCCCCGCACCAACACCUCAUGUGCCGGCAACCAGUGCUGCCCCCGCACGCCCGGGCAGCACGGGGGGGACAAGACUUUCCCUUGCCCGAGCGCAGACGCCGGCUGGGACGGCUGCGAGACCGGCGUCGCAGCUCUCGUGCAAGCUGAUGCGGUGACGUGCCCAGGGAGCAACACCUCAUGUCUGAUACGGUGA